AACACAAAUACCGCAAAAAGUUCUAUUUGUAGUGUUGUUGUCUUGUCACAGUUGCCAUCCGUGAUAACGAUAAGCUAAUGUUUUGAAACUUUUAUCAAUACAAUUACAAAGUUUCAAACUUUUGCCCCUAUUAUAUAAUAAUACUUCUUCGUUUAUACUUCAGCCGUUGUGUUAAACACUUUAUAGAAAUGGGCAAGAAAAAUAUUGUUUUUGUUGGAAUAUUAGCCAGUUCGGAUUUUAGAAAACUGAAAAUUAACUAUGGAUAUAUUGCAAUUGAACAGGGAAAGGUAAGUAAAUAUAAAGGAUCCAUCAAAGAGUUUGAAAGACUAGCGGAGUCUGGACAUUUUCAGGCUACCAAAUUUAAACUAAGUGCCAAUCAAUUUAUAAUACCUGGUUUUGUGGAUUGUCACACACAUGCGCCACAAUUUCCGAACAUUGGUCUAGGAUUGGACCGGCCUCUUUUAGAAUGGCUGGCAAAAUACACUUUCCCCUUGGAAAAGAGAUAUAAGGACACUGAGUUUGCGGCAAAGGUCUACGACCAAGUUGUGCAAAGAUUACUAAGAAAUGGUACCACAACGGCAUGUUACUUUGGAUCCUUGCAUGUUGAUGGUACUCUUGAGCUUGUGAAGAGUGCCAUAAAACACCACCAGAGGGCGAUUGGUAAAGUGAGCAUGAACAAAGAAAAUGAUGCUGGCUAUUAUAAUAAUACUAAACAAGAGUUGGCUGAUGUCGAAACAUUUGUAAAGAGUGUUAUCUCUUAUCAGAAUGAACUUGUUGAACCGGUAGUGACACCUAGGUUUGCAGUGAGUUGUGAUAAAGAAUUGAUGGAUGGACUGUCAGAAAUAGCCAACAAGUAUAACAGCAAAAUACAGAGCCACAUAUCAGAAAAUCUCUCGGAAAUCGAAUAUGUAUUGCAGACUAACCCCGAUUGCAAGAGUUAUGGUGAUGUGUAUAAUAAGAGUCAGAUAUUAAAUAAUAGGUGUAUAAUGGCGCAUGCAGUUCAUCUGACAGAUGAGGAGCUUACCUUGCUAUCAGCGAAAGGCGUGUCAGUGGCUCAUUGUCCAGCUUCCAAUACCAGGCUCAAGUCAGGAUUGUGCCCGGUCAGAAGAAUUAUCGAUUCUAAUAUCACUGUUGGAUUGGGAACAGACGUGGCUGGGGGUGACAACGCAUCGAUUUUGGAUGCUAUCAGAAGGACUAUGGACGUCUCCACAUGUCUAGAGAUGCAAGGAAGACCUAAGUACUCCUUGAAUUGGAGAGAGGCCUUCUACCUAGCUACCUUAGGAGGCGCUCAAGCCCUAAACCUCGGUGACAGGAUAGGCAACUUCGAUGUCGGCAAAGACUUUGAUGCGUUGCUAGUAGACGUCUACGCGAAGGGUUCACAAAUUGACCAGUUUGCUGGGGCUCUGGAGAAGACAGAUGAUGAACACGCUGUAGAAUUGCUGGAGAAGUUCAUAUUUCUCGGAGAUGACAGGAAUAUCGUCCAGGUGUAUGUCAAAGGUAAUUUAGUUAAGGAUACUUUGUAAAUGUGUAAAAAUAAUUAUGUGUAAAGAGGAACUAAUUUACUAAGGAUAUAUUUUUAUAAUAAAAUGUUUAUAUAUUUU